AAAAGAGAUCCCAACUGGUGCUUCUGUUUCAGGAAGGAAAUGAGUGCGUAUUAUCUGGAGCAUGCUAGUGUUGACCAUAUACAAAAACAUUUUGAUCUUUUUGAAGCAGAAGCUCGCCGUUUGCUUGAUUUAGGCCUUGCAAUACCUGCGUAUGAUCAGCUUUUGAAGACUUCUCAUGCUUUCAACAUUUUAGACUCGAGAGGCUUUGUUGGGGUGACAGAACGUGCUCGUUAUUUUGGGCGUAUGCGUAGUUUAGCCCGUCAAUGCGCACAGCUUUGGUUGAAGACAAGGGAGUCUCUUGGCUAUCCACUGGGUGUUGUUUCUCAGUGUGAUCAUCUUCUUGUUCAAAGAGAAGUCUCGGAGGAGGCAGCAGGAAAGGUGCCUUUGGAGCCGCAGUUGCUUGUUCUUGAAAUUGGAACUGAGGAGUUGCCUCCAAACGAUGUAUCGAGUGCAUGCAAGCAACUCAAGGAUCUGAUUGUUCAGUUACUGGACAAACAAAGGUUGCCUCAUGGGGAAGUACAAACGCAUGGCACCCCACGAAGAUUAGUGGUUAGCGUUGAGGAGCUAUUUUCUAAGCAAGUGGAAAAUGAGGUUGAGGUUCGUGGACCUCCUGUUUCAAAAGCUUUUGAUAAGGAAGGAAAUCCUACCAAGGCUGCUGAAGGUUUUUGUCGCAGAAAUGAUGUGCCUUUAGACUCCAUGUAUAGACGAGCUGAAGGGAAAACAGAAUAUGUCUAUGUUCGUUUGGUGGAGCCAGCACGGCUUGCCUUCGAGGUUCUGUCUGAAGAGCUACCUGACAUAAUUUCCAGCAUAUCAUUCCCCAAGUCUAUGCGUUGGAACUCUGAUGUUGCAUUCAGCAGACCCAUCCGUUGGAUUUUGGCCCUUCAUGGAGAUGUGGUUCUUCCAUUCAUUUAUGCUGGAGUUGUUAGUGGAAAUAUAUCUCAUGGUCUACGCAAUACUCCAUCAGCUACAGUUAAGAUUUUGGAUGCAGAAACCUAUGCACAUUUAAUUCAGGAUGCUGGGAUUCUUGUUGAUGUCAAGCAACGCAAGAAGACAAUUAUGGAGCACUCAAAUGAUUUAGCGAAAAGUGUACAUGGCCAUAUUGUAAUGAAAAGUGAUUUGCUUGAUGAGGUCGUAAAUCUUGUUGAGGCACCACUACCUGUACUUGGCAAAUUUGAUGACUCCUUCUUAGAGCUUCCAAAGGAGCUUCUUAUAAUGGUGAUGCAGAAGCAUCAAAGAUACUUCGCCAUGACAGAUGAGGACGGGAAACUGUUGCCGUACUUCAUCACGGUUGCAAAUGGAUCAAUUGAUGACAAGGUAGUCAGAAAAGGAAAUGAAGCUGUGCUGAGAGCUCGAUUUGAAGAUGCAAAAUUUUUCUACGAGAUGGACACAAGUAGAAAAUUUUCUGAAUUUCGUCCUCAACUGAAAGGGAUUCUUUUCCAUGAGAAGCUAGGAACUAUGUUAGAUAAAAUGUCACGAGUUCAGAAUUUGGUUAGUGAAGUUGGAUUGUCUCUUGGAAUUAGUGAAGACAAACUCAAAGUCAUCCAAGAUGCGGCCUCAUUAGCCAUGGCAGAUCUUGCAACCGCAGUUGUUACAGAGUUUACCUCUCUCUCAGGGACAAUGGGGCGCCACUAUGCACUUAGAGAUGGCUAUUCAGAGGAGAUUGCAGAGGCAUUGUUUGAGAUCUCACUUCCACGAUUUUCUGGAGAUAUGCUCCCAAAAACUGAAGUUGGGGCCGUUUUAGCAAUUACUGACAGGCUGGAUAGCCUUGUUGGCUUAUUUGCUGCUGGCUGUCAGCCAAGCUCAAGUAAUGAUCCAUUUGGCCUGCGAAGGAUCUCAUAUGGUCUUGUGCAACUCUUGGUUGAAAGUAACAGAAAUAUAGACUUAAGACAGGCUUUAGAGCUUGCUGCUGCAGUACAGCCCAUUGAAGUAGAUGUCAGGACAAUCAAUGAUGUACAACAAUUUGUAACACGAAGACUAGAGCAAUUUCUGAUGGACAAAGGUAUAAGCCCUGAAGUCGUAAGGUCUGUUCUUUCCGAGCGUGCAAGUCGACCUUGUUUGGCAACUAAAUCGGUGUACAAGAUGGAGUCCUUGUCCAAAGGAGAGCUUUUGCCUAAGGUUGUUGAAGCAUAUUCUCGUCCAACAAGAAUUGUUCGUGGGAAGGAUGCAAAUGUUGAUGCGGAGGUGGAUGAUCAAGCUUUCGAAACAAAUGAAGAAAAAGCUUUGUGGAGCACUUUCUUGUCACUAAGAAGUAAAACUCAUCCAGAAAUGGAAAUUGAUGAUUUUGUUGAAGCAUCGUCAGAGCUUAUAGAACCGCUGGAGGAUUUUUUCAACAAGGUCUUUGUAAUGGUGAAGGACGAACGGAUCAGGACAAACCGGCUUGCUAUGCUGAAGAAAAUAGCAGAUUUGCCAAGGGGAAUAGUAGAUUUCUCAGUUUUACCGGGAUUUUGAAGUGUGUGCAGUGUCCACUUUGGUUAUGUCAUACUAUCAUCUGAGGCAACAAAGAAAAAACAACUAUCGAAUAGUAAACCGAGUUAUUUUUUUCGCGGAGGCAGCUAGGAAAAGGCAUACGACCACAGCAGAGAAACUAGAAAAUAAACUCUUACGCAAAUCUUGUAACAAUGUCACAGUUUUGCAUAUUUUGACUGUUUUACAAUGUAACAAGUGAACAAUAAACUCGCCUGUAUGUUCAUUUUGCCCGAGGAAUAUAUCAUUUGUUUCUACUGAUCGAAAGAUCAUUUGCGUGUUCUUUUUCCAGAUCUAGACGGACUU